AAUUGGAUCGGGAGGACGAGACCAGGCAGUCCAAUCGCCCGACCCCAGGGGCGGGAGAGGGCGUGGCCUCAGAUCGCCCCACCCCUGCUCCGUGGCUGUUUCUGGUCUCGGUGAUGCGGCGGGAGAGAACCGUAGACAUGGGCCCCACCUGGAGGCGCCCUGGAGGGGUGCGGCUUGCGCUCUGCCUCGCAGGCUUGGCACUGUCUCUUUACGCGCUGCACGUGAAGGCGGCGCGCGCCCGCGACCGGGAUUACCGCGCGCUCUGCGACGUCGGUACUGCCAUCAGCUGUUCGCGCGUCUUCUCCUCCAGGUGGGGCCGAGGCUUCGGGCUGGUGGAGCAUGUUCUGGGAGCCGACAGUGUCCUCAAUCAAUCCAACAGCGUAUUUGGCUGCAUUUUCUACGUGCUGCAACUGUUGUUAGGUUGUCUGAGGGUUCGCUGGGCCUCUGUCCUGCUUGUGCUGAGUUCCCUUGUGUCUCUGGCUGGAUCUGUCUACUUGGCCUGGAUCCUGUUCUUCGUGCUCUAUGACUUCUGCAUCGUUUGCAUCACCACCUAUGCCAUCAAUGUAGGCCUGAUGUUGAUUAGCUUCCGGGAGGUCCAGGAACCCCAGCACAAAGCCAAGAGGCAGUGAGGCUGUACCCCUUGCCAGGCUCACCUCACCUGCUUUGCUUUUGUACAUGAGCCUUGCCCAAGGGAGCCAUGUCCAAGGGAGCCAUGUCUGGUGUCUAGAAGGCCCUGCAUCCUUUACUCACCCUCUCCAUAACCAUACACAGGACAAUGGACCAAAUGUGCCUUUAGCUCUGUCCCCAAGGACUGGUUUCCGCCAUUGUCCAGGAAGGGAAAGUUCUGAGCAAUAAAGUGUUUUAAGUUGGUCAAGUCUGCACCAUUGUCUGCCAGGAAUCCUGGUGUUGGGUUUCCCCCAAGUGUUGCCUUCUCUGGAACUGGGAAGGAUGAGUCAGAGAGAGAGUGGAGGGCCUGCCUGGGAAGGGUGGCUGUAGUUGGUGUCAUCCUACAGUGUGUGGAGUCAGCAAGGCCUGGGGUGCUAUCAGCCCCCACCUGCAGGAAAUAAACUGGCUGGCAGCUUGGCCCUGCUGCCCACGGGAGCCAGGCAUCCUCUCAUGGGAGAACCCAGCAUGCACCUGGAGGCCAAACUACUCCCUGACUCUAUGCAAGUUUUGGGAACUUCUUCCUGUAGUUCAACCUUAACCCCUCUGACUACCUUAUCUACCAUCUCAAGCUGGACUCAGUGGCACUGGAGACCAGCGCUAGGUUGUGUUUUUAUUUAUCCUAAUGUGUACUGAGUACUU